GUCCCUGCGCCCAGGGCGCACGGUGGAGAGGGACGCGCCGCCAUGGAGCCCGUCCCCUCCGCCCGCGUCGGGCUGCAGUCCCUGCUCCUCGCCAACGCCUCGGACGCCUUCCCCAGCGCCUUCCCCAGCGCCAGCGCCAAUGCGUCGGGGCCGCCAGGCGGCCGGAGCGCCUCGUCCCUCGCCUUGGCCGUCGCCAUCACCGCGCUCUACUCGGCGGUGUGCGCCGUGGGGCUGCUGGGCAACGUGCUCGUCAUGUUUGGCAUCGUCCGGUACACUAAGAUGAAGACUGCCACCAAUAUCUACAUUUUCAACCUGGCCUUGGCUGAUGCGCUGGCCACCAGUACGCUGCCCUUCCAGAGUGCCAAGUACCUGAUGGAGACGUGGCCAUUUGGGGAACUACUGUGCAAGGCUGUGCUGUCCAUUGACUACUACAACAUGUUCACCAGCAUCUUCACACUCACCAUGAUGAGUGUGGACCGCUACAUUGCCGUCUGCCACCCCGUCAAGGCCCUGGACUUCCGGACACCUGCGAAAGCCAAGUUGAUCAACAUUUGUAUCUGGGUCUUGGCCUCAGGUGUUGGGGUCCCCAUCAUGGUCAUGGCCGUGACCCGGCCCCGGGAUGGAGCUGUGGUAUGCAUGCUCCAGUUCCCCAGCCCCAGCUGGUACUGGGACACAGUGACCAAGAUCUGCGUGUUCCUCUUUGCCUUCGUGGUACCUAUCCUCAUCAUCACCGUGUGCUAUGGCCUCAUGCUGCUGCGCCUGCGCAGUGUGCGCCUGCUGUCGGGCUCCAAGGAGAAGGACCGAAGCCUGCGGCGCAUCACCCGCAUGGUGCUGGUGGUGGUGGGCGCCUUCGUGGUGUGCUGGGCGCCUAUCCACAUCUUCGUCAUCGUCUGGACGCUGGUGGACAUCGACCGGCGCGACCCGCUUGUGGUGGCUGCGCUGCACCUGUGCAUCGCGCUGGGCUACGCCAACAGCAGCCUCAACCCGGUGCUCUACGCCUUCCUGGACGAGAACUUCAAGCGCUGCUUCCGCCAGCUCUGCCGCACGCCCUGCGGCCGCCAGGAACCGGGCAGCUUCAGACGCGCACGCGAAGCCACCGCCCGCGAGCGUGUCACCGCCUGCACCCCCUCCGACGGUCCCGGCGGUGGCGCUGCCGCCUGACCAGGCCAGGCCGGCC